UCGUGCAGGAAGCCUGUCCCCCGCGCCCGCCCUUGGGGGCGCGCAUGCGCAAAGGGGGCUUAGCCCGAGGCCUUCUGGGAGUCGUAGUUUUAAUGCGUAGUCUCUCCUCAGGUCGGUCGCUGCCGCCCGCGGCCCGCCGCCCGCCGCCCUUCCGGCCUGAGGCCUAGGAAACGUCCGUCACAGAGAGGCAGGGUCAUUCGGCCGCAGUGUUGACGUGUCGCUUAGCAACCGGGAGGGUUACCUUUGGAAGCUUGUUGCGGCUCUAGCCUCUGUCCUGCCCUCUUCCCGCCCCUCCCCUCCCCUCAACUCCCUUCACCUGGGAGCUGCCAAACAUCUGGAUAAACUUGGGCACUACGAGGGCGUGAAAUUCUACAGUAACGCGCCUUUUUACAUUUUUUCCCGACCUCCUUCUCACAUCCGUAAAACUCACUGAUUCUUUUACUACACGUUUUAUGAGAACAAGACAUUUUCUAGGAAGAUGGUGGCCGAAAAAGAGACCCUGAGCUUAAACAAAUGCCCAGACAAGAUGCCGAAGAGGACCAAGCUGCCGCUCCUGGUGCACCAGCCUCACUCCCUGGUUUCUGAGGGCUUCACAGUCAAAGCCAUGAUGAAAAACUCAGUCGUGAGAGGCCCUCCACCUGCAGGAGCAUUUAAAGAAAGACCAACAAAGCCCACAGCGUUUCGAAAAUUUUAUGAACGAGGGGACUUCCCGAUUGCCCUUGAACAUGAUUCGAAAGGAAACAAAAUAGCGUGGAAGGUGGAAAUUGAGAAGCUGGAUUACCAUCAUUAUCUGCCUCUGUUUUUUGAUGGGCUCUGUGAAAUGACAUUUCCCUAUGAAUUUUUUGCUCGGCAAGGAAUCCACGACAUGCUGGAACACGGGGGGAACAAGAUUCUUCCUGUCAUUCCACAGCUCAUUAUCCCGAUAAAAAAUGCCUUGAACCUCCGAAACCGACAGGUCAUCUGCGUCACUCUCAAAGUCCUACAGCAUCUGGUUGUGUCUGCUGAGAUGGUGGGUGAAGCUUUGGUGCCCUAUUACCGUCAAAUCCUCCCCAUCCUCAACAUCUUUAAGAAUAUGAAUGUAAACUCCGGGGACGGCAUCGACUACAGCCAGCAGAAGCGGGAGAACAUCGGUGACCUGAUCCAGGAGACGCUGGAGGCCUUCGAGCGCUCCGGAGGAGAAGACGCCUUCAUCAACAUCAAGUACAUGGUCCCUACCUAUGAGUCGUGCUUGCUGAAUUAGCGGUGGAAACAGCUGGGAUUCGAGGAAGGCUUCUCCUAGCCUUUUGAUCAUCUGUCUCUGCUGCUGUUAGCAUCUCAUUAUCUGUGACUUCUACGGCUCACUUUUCUACAGCUGCUAAAAGAGUGGCUCAUGGGCCGUUGGACUUGUAGCCCUAUUGAGAGUAAGGCUUUCCAAUACACAAAUAGUGCCUGUUUCUUAGAUUACAAUAGUGUACUGUGCUUAUUUGUUCUAGGAGAAGAAUUGCUUCUUUAUACAGUUAGGAAAGAAGCAGGAGUCCGAGUUAAACCUUCAGUUGUAUAGACAAUAAAACUACAAUUUUCAUACGCAAUUCAGCAGUUGUGUCUGCCUGCCCCGAGGGUGGUUGUCAAAGGUUGGAAGGGAAGCGUUGGUGCUGACUGCUUAACAGGUGUUGGUCGUGGACGACAAGCACCCGUUCAGCAGCAGCUGUGCAGAACAGUGUGCUUUGACAUCCAACAAAACUGUGGAGUC